AUGUCGGCCACCGGAAAUGAUGUCUGGAUAUUUAACUCCGGCGUAAUGGUCAUUGAGCCGUCUAAUUGUACGUUUGGUACGAUCAUGAGUCAGCACAAAGACAUUGUUUCAUACAACGGUGGAGAUCAAGGGUAUCUAAACGAGAUAUUUGUGUGGUGGCACCGAUUGCCUCGCCGAGUAAACUUUCUAAAGAACUUCUGGUCAAACACAACCAACGAAAGAAACAUCAAGAACAGCCUCUUAGCCGCUGAGCCGCCUCAGCUCUAUGCAGUCCACUACUUGGGCUGGAAACCAUGGCUUUGCUAUAGAGACUACGACUGUAACUUUGACGUGGAGCAGCAUGUGUACGCUAGCGACGCGGCUCACGCUAGAUGGUGGAAAGUGCACGAUGCCAUGGACAAAGAUUUACAAAGGUUUUGUAGGCUGACGUAG